AUGGAAGAUGAUGGGUUGAAUUGUUACGUCACAUUAGACAAUGCAGCGGCUCAAGGUCAAAGUGUCAAAUCUACUGUCAUGGCUUUGUCAGAUAUUGUCACCACUCAGACAAUGGAUGACGCAGCUCAGAUGGAAUUCAUGACCGGCUCUGGGGAAGACACUGCUCCAUUUUAUGCAGAAAAGAUUACAAUUAUAGACAACAUAAUGGUAGAUGAAAUGGAAUCUGAAACUAUCAUCAGGGAUGAAGGCACUUUAGAGGAAGUAUCAGCUGAAGGUAAUGAAGGAUUCGAAGUGUCUACGGAACAAUUAAGUCAGUUGGCUACAGGAGACUUUGUUAAGAGUAAUGGUGAAGUGUAUAAAGAGAAAAAUGUACAGUGUCCUCUUUGUGACUAUGUAUGUUCCAGUGAAGACCCAGACCUCAAAAAUCAUAUCAAGAGAAGACAUAUGCCACAGGAAGGGGCCUUAAAUGCAUUCACAUGUGAUGUUUGUGGUCUUAUGACUGUCAGUAAAAAAGAUUUGAAACAACACAAAAAGUUCCAUAAGAAUGGACCAGAAUUAAAACUGUUUUGUGAGCAUUGUAGUUUUGUAACAGACUGUGUUAGCCGAUUACGGCGGCAUAUGUUAAUACACACAAAAGAGCGACCGUUUCAGUGCGGGCUAUGUACGUAUCGUGCAACGCAGAAAGAGCAUGUUUUGCGUCAUAUGAGGUCACAGCAUGGUGUUGAAGUAGAGCGUAACCAGCGGAGAUCUUUACUAAAAAAGAAUUACAAUAAUCCUCAGGAGAUUCUUAUAGCCGGUAUGGAACAGUCCUCCAGCACAGCAACAACUUCUGCCUCGAAGGAAAGUACAUCAGAAGCAGAUAUAGGACCGUUUGAGAAGUCGGACUAUUCCAGUACUGAUAAAAUAUUCGCUUGCAACUACUGCUCAAUGAAAUUCUCCAAGCUGAUUAAUUUAUAUAAACAUCUAUAUGCUCAACAUAAACAAGUCAUGCCUGAUGAAGGGCCGAACGAUUUUCAAUGUGUUGUCUGCGACUUCCACACAAACAGUAAAAAGAACCUGUUGGUUCACAUGAGGAAACAUAAUAUGCAGGACCAUUCCCCACCCACUCACGUUUAUUCUUGUGUUUUGUGUCGGUAUAUUAAUCCAAGACGUAGAAACGUGUUCCAACAUAUGAAGAAGAAGCAUGGCAUUGAAAUCAUCAUGAAAGAUGAUGGGUUGAAUUGUUACGUCACAUUAGACAAUGCAGCGGCUCAAGUUCAAGGUCAAAGUGUCAAAUCUAGUGUCAUGGCUUUGUCAGAUAUUGUCACCACUCAGACAAUGGAUGAUGCAGCUCAGAUGGAGUUCAUGACCGGCUCUGGGGAAGACACUGCUCCAUUUCAUGCAGAAAAGAUUACAAUAGACAACAUAAUGGCAGAUGAAAUGGAAUCGUAUGUGGUCUCAGAUUCAUCGCAUGAACACAGCAUGGUAUCUCCUCAGGUGUCAAUUAGCACAGUUCUUCACGCCUCAGUGCAGGAACAUGAAGCUGCUGAAGCUAUUGAAGGAUUACAGGCUCUUGCAGAGCAGGCCGGAAUUCUUAAAACACAGAAUGUGGAUAAUGAUAUGACUUCAGAAAUCGUAUCAUCGGCCAUAGAGAUAGUUUCAACACAUGAAAUGAAUGAAGCAGAAGUUUUGAAUUCCAGUGAAACUAUCAUCAGGGAUGAAGGCACUUUAGAGGAAGUAUCAGCUGAAGGUAAUGAAAGAUUUGAAGUGUCUACGGAACAAUUAAGUCAGUUGGCUACAGGAGACUUUGUUGAGAUAAAUGGUGAAGUGUAUAAAGUUGAAAUAGCACCUGAAGGUUCAUAG